AUGAAAGAAGAGAUAAAGGCCAUGAAGUAUAAGAUCACAUUGAUGGAUACAAGAAUCGGUGUAGUGAUCACCAGUAACGCAACCGCCAUUAAUGACAUUGAUGCCUUGUCUGCCCUCCCAGCACCUGUGGAUGUGCCCACUAGUGUUGCAUCCACUUCUGCUGCCCUUCCCACCACCGAAUCAAGUGAUACUAACGCUGUAUUUGGAUACAUUCAUGGUUAUAUGUGGAACCCAAAGCUAAAAUCAAGAGACCAGGCAGAAAUCCAAGCGAACGCCAUAAAACCAAAGUGGGCAGUUGAUAUUCGUUUUGAUUGCUCUCCAAAUAGAGAGUUAGUCAAACAACUCUUGUAUUACUUGGAAAAGAAGUUUGCUGGCACUGAUAUGAGGACACGUGACCCUCCCUUGAAUACUAAUUCAAGAAGAUCUGACCUUGAAACUGAUAACUACACUCACCGUCGCCUUGCUUAUGAUGCUUACAAGGCUGAUAUUGAUCUCAAGAUAGGUCAAAACUGCUCUGGACUGAUCCAAAAGUCGGUCAUGUCUGAAGGCGAAUCAGACGAUGAUAUGUCCCUCUUUCAGCCAAGAAAUGAGAUUUGUGUUGCUCACCCAAGUUGGAGAAGUGAUGAGAGAGUUUAUGGUAGAACAGUGGAAUCAACAGUCCCAAUUGAUUUAGAUCCUGCUCUACCUCAAUGGGCUCUUAAAUAUGGGUCAUAA